GUUCCUUCCUCUUACACCGCGCUAGAGCAGGUGCAGAUGUGCCUGGCCUUUUCACUCACCUCACGUCUCUCACGACAGCUUCCCAGUUCACCAUCCUCCCACCCACACCAGCUUCGACUCCAGAGCCAGAUUUCGAAAGACAGCAUGCCGCAGUCGCCCCUAGACGAAAAUGGGAGUCAAGAAGGCCGCGACAACCCACAGAGGCGAGGAGGCGGAAAUGGCAUCAAAGGAAGUCGUCGCGGCCGGGGAAGGUACAGCCGGGCAGCACGAAUCAACUCUCAGAGGCCUCUCCGCUCUGAGGGUAACCGUAACGUCAACGAGCCUCAGAUCACUUCUUACAGGGCUACAUUUUUCGGCGGCGGUCGCGGAAGGGGAGGGGUUAGUUCCCGUCGCCUUGCCUCCAAUGCCGCAUGUGGAGGCCAACCCGGUAGAUUGGGACUUCGAGCGGCAUAUCCUUCCUCCACCCUUUCGAGCGCCAGUCAGAUCCUCAACGCGUUCAGACAGUAUUCACGGGCCGAGCGGCAGCACACCCGCCACCUACAACGAGAGGUUACAACCCUUCGGGAGAGUGUGCACAAUCUACUAGCCGACCUCGCGACGGAGAAAGACAAAGCCCGCACCCUGGGGGCUCAGGUCGCUUCUGCCCGAACGAAUCACGACGACCCGGACGCGAUGGAGGUAGACUCUGUUCCUCUCGCGACCGCUGAUCUCACAGCAAAAGCAGCGAAGCUCACGCUAAACGAGGGAAAUGGCGAUACGAACACAGCCACCGAGGCUGAGGUCCAUCGAACCGAUACGCAAGCCGAACCCGCAAACGGAGACUUUGAAGAGGACGCAUGCUUGUUGGGGAUGGCUGCGGCGUUGGCGAAGCUCGAUGCGGAGCGCCCACUGCUAUCUCUGGCGAAGGGGAAGGACCAGGCGGAUGCAUAGUUGCUGGCAACCGGGGCAGGCUACACUGCGGGAAAGGCUGAAUGGCCUUCGACUGGGCAUGAGCUGCUUGCUAAUACGUAGGACGCCGUCCAAAUC